AUGAAUUUCGAUUAAAUUGAAAGUGAAAAAUUAUACAAUAAUAGAUUCUUUAUAAAGAAGAAGAUCAGUGCAGGUAUUUUUUUACAAUCAACUUAUGUCUUAAGGUUCGUUUGGAGUUGUGUUUCUAUGUGAAGAUUUAUAAACUAAAGAAUAUGUUGCAAUGAAAGUUGAAAAGGACGAUAUGAAUGCUAUAGGAUUAGACAGGGAAAUAUAAAUGUUAGAUGAAUUGAGGAAGAUUCCAGGUUUGAAAUUUACUUAAAUAGGGAUUCCAAAAAUCAUUUGGGCAGGAAAUGAACAUAAUCACAAUUGCUUAGUCAUGCAAUUAUUAGGAAGAGAUCUAUCUUAUCAUAUGAAAGAUUUAAGAACAUUUUCUUUAAAAUGUGUAGUUAACAUUAUUUUAUAAGUAAUCUAAAUAAUUGAAGGAGUUCAUAGAAGGUAUCUUUAAUAAAAUUUAUAAAUUGAUAGAGGAAUUAUACAUAGAGACAUGAAACCAGAAAACAUUAUGACUGGUAAAGAUUAAGAAUUAAAUUAAAUUUUUCUUGCUGACUUUGGUAUAGCAAAGUUCUAUCGAGAACCAGAUGGUACUCAUGCGUAUUUCAUUUAAAUAUACAUUUAUUAGACCUUUCAAAGAGAAUAAACCAUUUGUAGGUACAACAAGAUAUGCUAGUAUCAAUGCUCAUAAAGGAUUUGAGUUAAGUAGAAGAGAUGAUUUAGAAUCUAUAGGCUACAUGUUUAUUUACAUGUUAAAAGGAAAAUUACCUUGGCAGACUUUUCAUAAUGUUAAUGAGAAAGAAAAGGUAAAAAUAGUUGGCCAAAUGAAAUCUUAAAUAUCAAUUGAAGAAUUAUGUAAGGAAUGUCCUCCAUAAUUCUAUCAGUAUUUAUUAAUAAUAUAAUUUUAGAUAUUUUCAAUACGUUAAGCAACUUCAAUAUAAAUCAUCUCCUGAUUAUCGUUAUUUAUAUUCUUUAUUUGAAUAAAUAGCAAUUUAAAAUGGAUUCAAACAUGAUAAAAGAUUUGAUUGGACUGAAUUCAGUUAAGGAACUACUAAAAUAUCAGCAGAAUAAACUUAAUAAGAAACUAGAUAAUAAAUUUUACGAAAAAAUAAAUUAGAAGAUAAAUCUCCUAAAAAUUCUGAUAUAAAUAUUAACAGAAAAGAAUUGAAUUAAUAAUAGAAAGGUACUUCUUAGAGUAGAAAUAGAAGUAGACAUUAAUCUGAAUAAUGUGUAAAUAAAAGUGGAAAUAGUGUUAAUAGCUAUUCUUCAUCUUGUUUAAAUUCUUAAUAAUCAUCUGUAAUAAUAAAUUAUUAAAAUUCUUAAUUCACAUAAAGUAAUGUAAGAAUAGGUUCUUCAAAAUUAUUAAGUAGAUUAUAAGAAAGAGGAAUAAUCCAUAAAAACUCUGAUUCUAGAGGUUCUAUAAUUUAAUAAUAAUCUUCAAAAUCUUUUAGAGAAAGGAAUCAAUCUUAAUAAUUAAUUUAAUAGGUUAUUUCUUAAUAAUAAUCACAACAUAAUAAUAGUUAAAUGAUGUCAAGAUUUUAAGAAGAUUUUUAAGAUCUGGAAGAAUUGGAAGAGAGAUUAUAAAAAGAUAAAUAAUCUAUGUAAAUAUUUGUUAAAUCAAGAGUUAGCGUAAUUAGUAGCAUAGGAACAAUAAACCUUUAAAGGUAAAAGAAAUUUAACAUCAUUUUGAUUAAAAUGAGAACCCUACUGAUAUAGGUGGAAUGACAUAAUUAGAAGAUGAUGCUUGUUUAGAAAAUAAGGUUAAAAUUUAUAAUUUCGAUGCUCCUAAACUGAAAUAGUAAUUAGCUAAGUACUGA